AUGUUAUUUAUGCAAGAAAUGGAAAGUAAUUCAAUGGAAACUCAACAACUUCAUUCAAGCCAAAAAGAAGCAAUAAAGAAAAUAACUGAAUUCUUAGGAGAAUCUAAUGAAACUGAUAUCGAUGAAUGGUUAGUUGACUUGAACAAUUUAUUUUCAAUAAUGAAAUUCAAAGAUGAAACGACAAUUCUCGAAACAAUGGGCAAAUUAACAGGAUCAGCAUUACGAUGGUAUCAAGAAAAUUUAAGAUCAUUCACUAAUUGGAACGAUGCUGAAAAACCAUUACGAGAUCGAUUCAAAGAAUUUACAUCUGACAUCAAACGGUGUGUUGGUCUUUCGUCCGACUAUAUUGGUCUUCGUCCAGAACGUUUCUAUAUACCUCAAAAACUCGUCAAAUCGUUCAGUGAUUGGAAAUCGAAUGAUCGUCGAUUCAUCAACGAAUGGCAGAGACAAAAUCGAGGUCUAUCAAUGAAUGAAUUAUUAGAACAAGCAGCAGAUGGUAUUAUCAAAGAAGGCAUUCAAUUGUGUGAACCAAUUGAAGCUAAAUGGAUAGCCGACGAACUUCUAUUACUUAAGAACAAAUCGAACGAAGAAAUCGAAAAGCGUGUCGUUUCGAUCUAUACUCGUGAGAGUUUUCUUUAUCGCCUAGUGAAUGCAACAUUGCGCGAGAAUGACUUAUCGAAAUUGUACAAUCUUGGUGCAUUCUGUUGGCUACUUUUUCAUUGUGAUUGUUCGUCAACAUUUCUCAGUCUAGGCUAUGCUGGUAAACUUUAUCGCGGUGCUCAACUCGACAAAGAUACUAUUGAAUCAUACAGACAAGCUAUUGGUCUCGUUAAAACUUGGGAUGCUUUCUCAUCGACUAGCAAGAAUCGAAAGAAAGCUGAAACAUUUGGUAACACGCUAUUUAUUAUUAGUCUUGCUAAAUCGGCCAAAUAUCGAUAUUCCGGCAUGGACAUAUCGUCGUUAUCUCUUUAUCCAGAUGAAGAAGAGGUACUUAUCCGGGCAAGCAGAAACUUUUUCGUAGACAACAUCGAACAAGAUAAUGUCACAGGAAAAUAUUUGAUUUAUUUAUCGUUAUGCUAA